CAUUUCUUACGCGGAGUGACUCUCAACCCACAGGCUUGUGAGUGAGACGAGCGACGGUCGAGACGUGGGGUCUGAGUGCACCCAGAAUGAUCAGAGGAAUCCAGGGCUUGCUGUUCUGUCUUAAAGUUUUGGGGCUUGUUAUUCAUCUUCCACAGCUCGCGACAGGUCUCGGUGUGAACGACUUCCUGUAUUUCAGAGUUCUCAGCCCCGAGGACAUCGGCUACAUCUUCACUGCGGCUCCCGCUCAAGAUUUCGGGGGGGUCUUUACCCAGCUGUAUGAGGAGAUCUACCUGGUGCUGGCAGAGCCUCCCGAUGGCUGUGCUGAGCUGAGGAAUGCAGCGUUCCUGGAGGGACAGGUCACGUUGCUGGAGAGAGGAGGGUGCUCUUUCCUCUCCAAGGCUCGCCGGGUGGAGGAAGCGGGUGGCAAGGCGGUCCUCAUCGCUGACAAUGCAUAUGAUAACGACAGCCUCUACGUGGAGAUGGUGCAGGACGGCACUGCAGUCUCCACCAGCAUCCCAGCGCUGUUCCUGCUUGGAAGAGACGGGUUAAUGAUUCGGAGGUCGCUGGAGAAGCAUGCCCUGCCGUGGGCUGUCAUCUCUAUCCCUGUCAACGUGUCCAGCAUUGCCUCCUUCCAGCUCAUGCAGCCCCCCUGGACCCUCUGGUAGGGAAGGCACUGCUCGGACAGGGAGGGAGGGAGGGGCCCCUGCUCUCUCGUUACCCUCUGCCCACAUGGAAGACAAAUAUAUUGCAGUAUAUUUCAAAGCACUAGAAAUGUAUUUCAGAUAUGUUGCAAUACAUUUCCUUUCUAUAAUCUAAGUUAUAUUGUGCAAUGUUGCAAUGUAUUGUAUUGGCCAUUUAUGAGUAUUUCAAAUGUUUCUAAAUAUGCUUUGAAGUAUAUUUAAAAAUGUAUUUAAAAAUCUGCUAUUGGGAUAUGUUUUGAUUUAUUUCCCUUUCAUGUGGGUGGAGCCCGGAGUGGAGGUCUGCCCUGUGAGCGAGUGUUUUAAACACCUGAUUGAAAUGCAUUGACACUCAGUCCUGCUCCGGAGACGUGGGCUCUGUGUGUAUGCUUAGGGUUUGUGCACCUCAAACAUCUCCCUUUGAAAACAACGGAAACGCCCCUUCUUUGACUGUUUUCUUUUGUUUCUUUGUCAAAUAUUGUAAGGCUGUUGUUCAGUCAAAUCAAUCUUGCACAGAACAUGUAUUUACACUCUGGGUUUUUGAUUCUAUGCAGUUACUGUUCAUCAGUAAAUUAAAACACUCAAUGAUGAA